CGCCGGCUGACAUAAGCGCGAAUAAAAGUGGCGUCUUGCUCCGGUUGAAAUCCUGCUCAGCUCUGCUCAGUCUCUCGCGCCUCCGCUCCCAGCAUCCUUCCCCUUCAGCCGUCUCCUACGGCACCAGCGAGGGGGUCUUCCCGCUCGCGCCCUCUCGCUCCUCCGCUCGACCAACCUUCCAACGUGUUCGUCAGCCAUGAAUACCCAAUAAACUCGCCCCAGCCCACGACCCCGCUGCUCCAGCACCCAUCACUUCCUCUCCCAGCACCCAUCUCGCAUUCCACACAUUGCCCCCUUACGAACCUCUCACACUCACAACAUCCUCAUGACCAUGGUCGACGCAACCGAGACCGCCCAGGCCGAGGGCGAAGGCCCCGACGGCUCAGAUAAACCGCCGCAUGGCGACCUACGCGCCUCGCGCCCGUUUACAACCACGCGAAUCCCCUCUUCCCCCGCCUCCCCACGAGCCAACGGCACGAAGCCGCAGCGUCCUCCCCCCAAGAAGGCGGCGCCACAGGCCACUGGUGGCAUACCCAACGGCACCAAUGGCCACCAUGUCCCGCUCCCGCCUCCGGACUCGUACCUCUAUCAGAAAGCACCUGGCCGCACCAGGAAGGACCUUGAAGAGCUGUAUCAGUCCGAGAAGCUCGCCCUCUCCUCUCCCCCCAUCAAGCGCGAUUCAUCCUCGACAACGGGCUCGAUGACGCCAUCCAGCAGCGACUCGCUCUCGGCUUCAGAGAGUGAGAGCUGGAGUCUGCCUUCGACGCAGCCACCCAGCAGAGCGCCUAGCAUGUCGUCCGGUGUUUCCGGCGGCAAGCUGGGCCCAUUACAGCCUCUCACGAAGACGCCCUCGCAGAAGGAGCACUCGCUGUCGAGAGAGCAGCCGCCAUCGACUGCCUUGCGGAUAUCACCCGCUUCGUCAGCGGGCGCUCCAGAGAUCCACUCCGCGAGGACUCCAGAGCCAGACUCUGCGCGCACCUCGCGGCCCCAGUCGAAGUCGACUCCAUCGUCUAAGCCGUCUUCUAAGCCACCGUCCAGACCGGCCUCGGUUCAUUCGCAGCAGUCUGACAGUGGGCAGAAGUUCACUCUCAAAGAUCUGAACAGGCUGUUGGGUGGGCCGAAACUCGCUCGAAAGUCCUCUGCCCGCUCGACGGCUAGCAGCAAGAAGUCGGACUCGGACCACGAGCGCAAGUCGACCGCGGGAGAGAGCACAGUCAGCUUGCUGAAGAAGUACGGAGUCUGCGAGAAGGUGGCCAUCGGCAAAGGUGCGACGUCUGUCGUGCGUCUCGCGCACAAGUGGGAUCGCAGCGAGGAGAAGCUAUAUGCGGUCAAGGAGUUCCGAAAACGCAGAAAGAACGAGACUGAGAAGGAGUACGUCAAGAAGCUCACGGCCGAGUUUUGCAUAUCGUCCACUCUCCAUCACGUCAAUAUCGUCGAGACCGUCGACCUCGUCCAGGACGAAAGCCAGCACUGGUGCGAGGUGAUGGAGUUCUGUCCUGGCGGAGACCUCUACGCUGCUAUCAAGCGAGGUGGCAUGUCACCGAGCGAAGUCGAGUGCUGCUUCAAACAGAUCUUGACCGGCGUUCAGUAUCUUCAUAGCCAAGGUGUCGCCCAUCGGGAUAUCAAACCCGAGAAUUUGUUCUUCGACACCAAGGGCCACCUGAAGAUCGGUGACUACGGUGCAUCUACUGUCUACCGCUUACCUUGGGAGACAACAGUCCACAUGUCCACUGGGCUGUGUGGUAGCGAACCGUACAUCGCGCCGGAGCAGUUUCUGGGCAAACCCUAUGACGCUCGUCUUGUUGACAUCUGGGCAUGCGGUGUUGUCUAUUAUUGUCUCCACUUCCAGGAACUGCCCUGGACGGUCGCUCAGCCCACGGACCACCUGUUCGCGGCAUACGCCUCUGCUUGCCAGACGCAAUCGUCGUGUCCUCCGACGAUCAACAACCUAUCCCCGCGCGCCUGCAGGCCUGUGAUCCGCAAGAUGCUCGAGCCGAAUCCCAAGCUGCGCGCCCUCAUCGAUGAGCUCGUCGAACACUCUUGGGUGCAGAGCAUCGAGGUGUGCCAUUCAUCGCACAAGCCGUCACACGUCCAUGUGAAUGCGCAGGCGAUGGCACUGGCGCAGGUACAAAUCGUCCCAUAGCCGCGCGAGGCGGAGGAGUCUCGGAGAGUUCGAUGAUUGGAUCUUCUGUUCAUACUUCCUGUUCUCCUGGGACCAUUACUCUCGCUGUUCUUGAUCGUCUACGCUUUUGGACGGGCGGUAGGAUUUUCUUUCCGCUGCGCUGCUCUUUCCUUCUCCUUGACGACCGGUGUAGAUGUACUAUUCCCCUUAGUUGGCGGUUCCUCGACGAUGAGGAGGCGCGUGGGUGUGCUCUCUCUCCUUUAGCAAUGUCAUAUGCGAUUCACAUACCUGUCUCGCUGCACUAUCAUGCUGACCAGCGACGCUGGCAGUGGACUGUAGCCGAUAGCACUGUCUAACUUAUCCUCAGCCAUGUAUUACUGUAAUCUAGCCAUACUUUCCACUGAUUACAUGCAAUGAUAAACGUUGUUUGUGCUUGUUA